CUCUUGUGCUCUCCAAGUAACUCUCAAGUUCAUUCUUCCUGUUCUAUUAUAUAUCUUCUUCUUCGUUGAAGAUGUCCCUCGAUCAUGGUUUACUGUUGCUUCAGACUCCUCUGUUGAGCUUCGAAGCAUUUCUCUGGGCCCUUCUAUUGGUUGGAACCAUUGCCAUGUGGCUUUCACCUGGGGGUAUUGCAUGGACACGUUUCAGGUCCAAGGCGAGUUUCUCCAUUCCUGGCCCGGUCGGGUCACCUCUACUGGGGCUACUCACUGUGUUCAAUGGCUCCACUCCUCAUCGUGUCCUUGCCAAGCUUGCUAAAACCCUCAACGCCGUGAAGCUGAUGGCUUUUUCCGUCGGGUUCACUCGGUUCAUCAUCUCCAGUGACCCUGAAACCGCCAGGGAUAUUCUCAACAACUCGGCUUUCGCCGAUAGGCCGGUGAAGGAGUCGGCCUAUGAGCUCUUGUUUCACAGGGCAAUGGGUUUCGCUCCUUUCGGUGAGUAUUGGAGGAAUUUGAGGCGUAUCUCGGCCACCCAUUUGUUUAGCCCCAAGAGAAUCGCUGCCUUUGAAGCAUAUAGGCGUGAGAUUGGCAUGAGGAUGAUUGAUGAAAUCAACAGUUCAAUGGAAGACAAGGGUGAGGUCCAGAUUAAAAUGGUUCUUCACUUUGGAUCGUUGAACAAUGUGAUGGCGACCGUAUUCGGUAAGAAGCACGACUUUGUAGAGGCCGGUGACGGGUUCGAACUCGAGGAGCUUGUGAGUGAAGGGUAUGAGUUACUGGGUUUAUUUAACUGGAGUGAUCAUUUUCCUCUUUUAAGCUGGCUGGAUUUGCAAGGUGUAAGGAAAAGGUGUAGGAAUUUGGUUUCUCAAGUAAAUGUUUUUGUUGGGAAGAUCAUUGAAGAACAUAGGCUAAAAAGGGUCAUUGGAGGGUUGAAAGAUUGUUGUGAAGUUGGGGAUUUCGUUCAAGUUUUGCUGGAUUUGGAGAAACAUGAGAAACUUAGUGACUCCGAUAUGAUUGCUGUUUUAUGGGAGAUGAUUUUCAGGGGUACCGACACAGUGGCAAUCUUGCUCGAAUGGAUUUUGGCUAGAAUGGUUUUACACCCAGAGAUACAAGCAAAGGCUCAAACCGAGAUCGACUCAGUCGUCGGAAACUCGAGGCUGGUUUCUGACUCGGACAUUCUCCAUCUUCCAUAUCUUCAAGCCAUAGUGAAAGAGACUCUCAGGUUGCAUCCGCCGGGGCCUCUUCUUUCAUGGGCUCGCCUAGCCAUCCAUGAUGUUCACGUCGGUGACCAUUUCGUUCCGGCAGGCACAACAGCGAUGGUGAACAUGUGGGCAAUCACUCAUGACGAGAGAGUGUGGGAUGAGCCUGAAAGGUUCAAGCCAGAGCGGUUCAUGGAACAAGAUGUCAGCAUUUUGGGGUCUGAUCUUAGGUUGGCUCCAUUUGGUUCGGGUAGAAGGGUUUGCCCUGGCAAAGCACUGGGUUUGGCCACUGUUCAUCUCUGGUUGGUUCUGUUGCUCAAGUAUUUCAAAUGGGUUCCGUUCAAGGAAGGGAACGUGGACUUGACUGAACAUCUGAAACUCUCCAUGGAGAUGAAGCACCCACUGGUUUGCAGGGCAAUACCUAGGACCUAGGUGUCCCUGAACCCUCUUUUCGUUGGCUGCCUUGAUGUUUACAUCUAUGUUUUACCUUUCAUGUUUAGGGUUUCCUUUCCUUUUCUGUUUAGCUAGUUUUUCCCGAGCUUGAAAGAAGUGUUUUUAUGUUUAGUGAAAUGGAAUCUAGUUUGGUUGGGGUUGGCUUUUUAUGUACCGUUUAAAACUAAUGAACAAUCUUCAUGCUUUGUACAAAGAUUCUAACUUUUCGUGGCUAUGUUUUGCUUGUUUCUCGCUUUUGAAU